AUGGCUGGCGACUGGAUGACAACCUUCGUCACCCGGAUCCCGAAGCACCUAGAUGAGGCGGAGCCCAGCCACUAUAAGCCCAUCAGUCUUUGCACUACCCUUUACAAGGUGGUGAUCAAGAUUCUAGUGGACAGGAUGAAGCCCUUGCUAUACAGUCUCAUCUAUCAGGAGCAAAGGCUUAAGGCUUUUGUGAGAGGGCAGAGCAUCACCGACAAUGUCCUGAUUGCCCAGAAAAUGAUAUGGGACCUACAGCGGGCCCCAAGGCAGCAGUGCUAUAUGGCGGUGAAGCUAGAUAUGAAAAGGGCCUACGAUAGGGUCUGCUGA